GGACGUUCCCAGAAUGCAUCUUGUAUCAACACGGCGGGGGCGGCGGCGGCGGCGGCGGCGGCUUCCCGAAGUCCGGGCAUUUGGCGGAGUGGCACACAGCCGGAGCACUCUCCCGCCAGUCGGUAUUGUGGGGCGACUGCGACCAUGGCGGAGUCGGCGCCUGCUCGGCACAGGAGGAAACGCCGUUCCACACCGUUAGCUCCCACCACACAACCUUCACAAACAACAGAGAAAAACCCCUAUUUUCAGACCACAGAAAUCUCACUUUGGACAGUGGUGGCCGCUAUUCAGGCUGUGGAGAAGAAGAUGGAAUCCCAGGCUGCCCGGCUACAGAGUCUUGAGGGACGAGCAGGGACAGCCGAGAAGAAGCUGGCUGACUUUGAGAAGACAGCUGUAGAGUUCAGCAACCAGCUGGAGGGCAAGUGGGCCGUGCUGGGAACCCUGCUGCAGGAGUACGGGCUGCUGCAGCGGCGGCUGGAGAAUGUGGAGAACCUGCUGCGCAACAGGAACUUCUGGGUCCUGCGGCUUCCCCCAGGCAGCAAAGGGGAGACCCCCAAGGUGUCCGAAUCCCUUGAGAAUGAUGAGGUCUGUUUCUCGGAACAGGAGUGGGAGAACCUGGAGGACUGGCAGAAGGAGCUCUACAGGAAUGUCAUGGAGAGCAACUAUGAGACUCUGGUCUCUCUGAAGGUCCUUGGCCAGCCAGAAGAAGAAGUGGAAUUAGGUGCAGAGAUGGUGGGUGACUUGGUAGAAGAAGGUACCCACCUGGCAGAUAGGGCCAUGGUUAAACAGGAGGUGCUGUACAAGCAGGAGGACCCUGCAGGUCUGCCCAGCAUGUUUUCCAGUGCUGCUGAGCAGCAGGCUUUCUUUGGCGUGGAGCAGGCUGUGUUCUGGAAUAGUCCAGGAGAUUCUGCCCUCUUGGAAUCAGGCCCUGGGGACUCUAACCCUGAGUCUGUUGAGGGCAGUAGAAACUCUGCCCCUGGUAGAAAAUUGGACUGCCCCCGAAAACAGAAGACUCAGAGGCAGGUACAAUUGAGUCAGGAGUGUGGACAGAGCCUGAAGGUGAAAAGGGACAGCAGCCCAUACAAGUGUUCUGAAUGCCAGAUCAGCUUCCGCUACAAGCAGCAGCUGACUACACAUAUGCAGAGCCACGUGGGCAGAGAGUCUUACUCGGCCACAGAACCAGAGGAGAGCCUCAGGCCCAGGCCACGACUGAAACCACAGGCCAAAAAGUCAAAGCUGCAUCAGUGUGAUGUGUGCCACAGGAGCUUCAGCUGCAAGGUCAGCCUGGCCACCCACCAGCGCUGCCACCAGCAGGAGGGCCCCAGCGCCAGCCCUCAUAUCCAGGAGAGAUUCUCACCUAACAGCUUAGUCGCUCUGCCUGGCCACAUCCCGUGGAGGAAAAGUCGGAGUUCUCUCAUCUGUGGGUACUGUGGCAAGAGUUUCAGUCACCCGUCUGACCUGGUGCGGCACCAGCGCAUCCACACUGGCGAGCGGCCCUACAGCUGCCCCGAGUGUGAGAAGAGCUUUGUCCAGAAGCAGCACUUGCUGCAGCACCAGAAAAUUCACCAGCGGGAGCGGGGCGGGCUGGCUCCAGAGAAUGGAAGGCCCAAUGGCCUGCUUUAAGGUUGCCAGCCCCUCACCGUCUGGGGGUGGAGGGGGGUGGCGUGAGACCCCCGCAGAGACACUACAAAG